UCAACUGCAUCGUCUUCUUCCUCUCUUUCAGCCGGCGAUUUCACUUGUCUUCAACGAGAGGAGUAAUGGUUCAGACAAGGCAAUCAUCAGCGUCUCCAUCAGUUGCAUCGGGUUCACGCUCAAAAUCCAAAGGGAAGAUGGUGAGAGCAAAGAAAGCUAAGUUAGCAGUUGCUUUGAAAAAAUCGAAGCUCACUUUUCAUGAUGAUCUUUGUGCUCCACCUCGGGGUAUGAAAUAUGAGAUUCCGAUUUCGAAACAUAAAGGUGCAAAGAUUUCUACUAGUAAUAGAUAUGAGCCAAUGACAGAGUUGCGUACUUUGUUAUCUGAAAAGCAACUCGAGGAGUUUAGAAAAUGCUGUUUUGGUCAUUUCUUGGAUAUUCCUCAUUUUAAGCUACAGAAUCAACUUAUUCAUAAUCUUUUACUAAGACAACUAGAUCAAUCCAAUUCGCAAGAGCUUUGGAUUGGAGUUGGUGGUAUUAAGAUGAAAUUUGGGUUAAAAGAAUUUGCUACUAUAACCGGUCUUCUCUGUGCUGGUAGUUCUGACAAAAUGCGUUGGUUCAAGACUGAAAAUCAGUUUGUUUCUGAUUAUUAUCAAGGAAUUAAUCCUAUCUGCAAGAGCUCUGUGAGAAAUGUGUUCAUUUCUAGGCAAUGGAAGACUGACAACGAUGCUGUAAAGAUGGGGAAGUUAUAUUUCCUUCAUCAUUUUCUGCUAACAUCGACUACAGACACUCAGAUUGCUAAAGGUGAUUUCGAUAUGCUUGAUUCUGAUAGUUUUGAUGACUUUCCAUGGGGGAAAGAGAUUUUUAAAGUCACCCUUGAAUCUUUGAAAAGUAGUGUGAGAACGACAUCCAAAGACAAUUACUAUCGACUUAAUGGCUUUCCUUAUGCUUUCCAAGUUUGGUUUUAUGAAUGUUGUCCUUACUUGAAUGGGAAGUACUGUGAGAGGAUUGCUGGUCAUAUCCCACGUUGCCUUAACUGGAAGAAUGACUAUCUUGGUAGAUUUGAUGAGUUUUACACAACUCUGUCAUUAAACUCGACUGAGUUGGAAUUGAAGGAGCUGGCUGCAACUGCUGAGGAGGUUGACAAAUUUAAACUUGACAUUAUAGUUGUUCCUGCUAAUAAUGUCAAGAAAGUCACAACUGUUGAUCGCUGUUUGGAUAACAGUGAUAAUGAUUUUGUUGAUCCACUCCCAUGA